CUCUUUUCUUUAAAACUCCACCACAGCGAUGGCGCAAAUACGUGGUACAGCAGGUUAUCACCUGGGAAAUCAAAGCCCCUUCGGCAACGCUGGACGAAGCAAUGAGACCACCAAUGAUCCAAGCCCGCUGGACCAGUUGAGAGAGCAGACGAACAAGAUUGAGGAUAUGCUGGAUUCGCUUGCAGACCCGAUCAAGCCCUAUCUCCCGGCAAUUGGACGCUUUCUAAUUGUUGUUACUUUCCUCGAAGAUGCGCUGCGCAUAAUAACGCAAUGGCGCGACCAACUUACGUACCUCCACGACUACCGACACAUCUGGAACGGUGUCACCCACACGUUUCUCAUUGUCAAUGUUAUCGCCAUGACUGUUUGCUCGAUCAUGGUCAUCGCACGGAAACACUCGGAAUACGCUGUAGCUGGUCUCAUAAGUGUGGUGGUCAUGCAGGGUGUUGGAUACGGCCUGGUCUUUGACCUGAACUUUUUCCUGCGCAAUCUUUCCGUCAUGGGUGGUCUGCUCAUGGUUCUCUCGGAUUCCUGGGUUCGCAAGAAGUUCGCCCCGGCCGGUCUUCCCCAGCUCGACGAGAAGGACAAGAAGAUGUACUUCCAGCUUGCUGGUCGCGUACUUCUCAUCUUCCUCUUUGUUGGCUUUGUCUUCCGCGGCGACUGGGGUUUCUGGAGAAUCGUGGCCAGUAUUCUCGGUCUGGUCGCUUGCAUCAUGGUUGUUGUGGGCUUCAAGGCCAAGUUCUCUGCCAUUAUGCUGGUGCUGAUCCUCAGUGUCUUCAAUCUCUACGUCAACAACUUCUGGACUCUACACCCGCACCACCCGCACAAGGAUUUCGCCAAGUACGACUUUUUCCAGAUCCUCUCAAUUGUCGGUGGUCUUCUCUUGCUGGUCAACAUGGGCCCAGGUCAAUUCUCCGUCGACGAGAAGAAGAAGGUCUACUAGACGAGUCUUUUGGACCCUGAUCUUUUCUUUUAUCACUUCGGUACAACCGAAACAUAUGUGUUAUAUGCAUUUCAUCUAAAGCGCAAUUCCAAUGCAAUUUGAGCAUUAUGUGCAGGAGCUUGGCGGGAAAAUGGGGCCAAGCGCAGAGGCGCUUUAGCGACGACCUGUUGCUUGGGCAAUGUAGAUAUGACUUGGGCGUUCUAUCAUCUAGCAAUUGGACGUGCAGUUGCACUGAUUUUGAAUCCGACUUUCUCAACCCGUCUGUUUCGCGGUUCAUCUGAUACACAUGUGGAGACAUCCAUUGUGGAUACAUCUUCGGAAAGCUGGAC